AUGCAGAGUAAAGAAAGAAAUUCAUCUAUUUCAUUAAAUUCAGGGAAUUUAGCUAAGCAAGAAAUUCAAAUUCCUGUUCCUUGGGGUCACAUAAGUGGAGUAUGGUGGGGUUCGAAAACGAAACAACCAGUGCUGGCACUGCAUGGUUGGCAGGACAAUGCAGGCACAUGGGAUAAAUUAUCUCCUUAUCUCUUACCCGAAAUAUCCAUUUUGGCAAUCGAUUUGCCCGGACAUGGUUUAUCAUCUCAUUAUCCUCCUGGUCAAAUGUAUUAUUUAUUUUGGGAUGGCGUUUAUGUAGUUAGAAGAAUAGUUAAUUAUUUCAAAUGGCAAAAAGUUACCAUAUUAGGUCAUUCCCUCGGUGGUGCCAUAGGAUUUUUAUAUGCUGGAUGUUUUCCAAAUGAUAUUGAUAAAUUGAUAUCGAUUGACAUUGUCAGUCCCACAAUAUUAGAACCUCCAUAUCAGGUUAAUAAAGCCGGUGAAAAUAUAGAUAAAAUUUUAAAGUAUGAAAAAUUGACAGAAGAUAACAUUCCUUGUUAUGAUUACGAAGAAAUGAUUAACAUUGUGGAAAAUGCUUACAAAGGUUCUGUGACAAGAGAUUCAUGUAAAAUUUUAAUGAAAAGAGGAAUGAGUCCUUCUCCGGGAGGUGACGGUUAUUAUUUUGCAAGAGAUGUUAGAUUAAAGGCAGCAGGAUUAGGAUUUUUAUCCUUUGAAUUGAUCAUGGAAUUUGCUCGUAACAUAAAAUGUUUCGUCCUUAACAUAAAAGGUAAACCUGGAAUGUCUUUUCAAAAACCGCAAUAUUAUCAUACUGUUCUUGAUGAAUUAAAAAAAAAUACAUCCGUUGAAUUUCACGAAGUUAACGGAACUCAUCAUUUACAUCUUAACAAUCCUGAGAGAAUCAAGGAUAUCGUAAAAACUUUUCUCCUUCGUGAUGUUUCGAAUGAGAGUAGAAGUAAUUUUCCAACCGUCGAUGAUGUUGACUGUGUGAUAUAA